UGUGAGAUCCUGGUGAAGGAUCUGUACUCCAGGCUGGGCCUCCAGUACCGGGAGAGCAGUUCUGAGGACGAGGACGCGGCUGCCAAGGCCAUGGAAGUGAUCGAGAUCCCUGAUGAGGAUGACGAUGUUUUCUCUUAAAACACAGGCAACAGCAGUCCCAGAAUCACAAAGGAUCAGACUCUGCUUCGGGAAGCCAUGGCUGCCAUGCGGAAGUCUGCCCAGGACGUUCAGAAAUUUAUGGACGCCGUGAACAAGAAAACAAACGCCCAGGAAGCACAGAAAGGUCGGCGUUUUUGGAUUAGUUUUGAGCUGGAUCCGAGCGGUGCGUGAGAUCCCUCGGCUUUUAUUCAUCCUGCCGCGGCGGCGUGUUUUGCAGGUGCUGGGAAGAAGUACAAAGUGAAGUUUGAUAACAAAGGGAAGAGUUUGCUUUCUGGCAAUCACAUCGCUUACGACUAUCACCCCUCGCCCGAGAAACACUACGUGGGCAGCCGGGUCGUGGCGAAAUACAAGGAUGGGAAUCAGGUCUGGCUGUACGCCGGCAUCGUGGCCGAAACCCCCAACGUCAAGAAUAAAGACAGGUUCCUGAUCUUCUUUGACGAUGGCUACGCGUCGUACGUCAAGGAGUGGGAGCUGUACCCGAUCUGCCGGCCGCUGAAGAAGACUUGGGAAGACAUCGAGGACGUUUCCUGUCGCGAUUUCAUCGAGGAGUACAUCACGGCCUACCCCAACCGGCCCAUGGUGCUGCUGAAGACCGGCCAGCUCAUCAAAACCGAGUGGGAAGGGACCUGGUGGAAAUCCCGAGUGGAAGAAGUGGAUGGCAGCCUGGUUAAAAUCCUUUUCCUGGACGACAAGCGCUGCGAGUGGAUUUACCGGGGUUCCACCCGCCUCGAGCCCAUGUUCAGCAUGAAGACGUCCACGGCUUCCACCCAAGAGAAGAAGCAGAGUGGGCAAGCGAGGACUCGUCCCAACGUCG